AUGACAAUUAAUAGAUCUGAAUAUGAGGAUAAUAAUAAAUUAAAAAACAAAAAAAAUAUGCCACAUUUAAGCCCUGGAGGAACCCAAAAUAGAAAUUCUUGGUGGUGCACAUUUGGCUAUAAAGAACCUGUUCCAGAAAGCCAAGAUCUUAGUGAAGAAAUCUGUAUCUCCAUUCUAUAG